AUGGAAGGAGGGAAUGAUACACAGAUUUCAGAAUUUCUUCUUCUGGGAUUUUCAGAGAAACCAGAAUUGCAGCCCAUCCUUUUUGGGCUGUUCCUGUCCAUGCACCUGAUCACCAUGUUUGGGAACCUGCUCAUCAUCCUGGCCACAGUCUCAGAUUCCCACCUCCACACCCCCAUGUACUUCUUCCUCUCCAAUCUGUCCUUUUCUGAUAUCUGUUUGGUUUCUACCACUGUCCCAAAGAUGCUGGUGAAUAUCCAGACACGGAGAAAAACCAUAACCUAUACAGGCUGCAUAAUCCAGAUGUACUUUUUUGUACUCUUUGCAGGGCUGGACAGCUUACUCCUGACGGUCAUGGCCUAUGACCGAUUUGUGGCCAUCUGUCAGCCCCUUAACUACAUGGUCAUCAUGAACCCCAGGCUCUGUGCACUGCUGGUUGUGGCAUCCUGGAUCAUGAGUGCCCUGAAUUCCCUGUUAGAAAGCUUAGUGGUGCUAUGGAUGUCCUUCUGUACAGACUUGGAAAUCCCCCACUUUUUCUGUGAAAUUAAUCAGGUGGUCCACCUGGCCUGUUCUAACAGCUUUUUUAUUGACAUGAUGAUGUAUUUUUCAGCUAUGCUGCUGGGUGGUGGUUCCCUGGUCGGGAUCCUUUACUCUUACUCUAAGAUAGUUUCCUCCAUACGUGCAAUCUCCUCAGCUCAGGGGAAGUAUAAAGCAUUUUCCACAUGUGCAUCUCACCUCUCAGUUGUCUCCUUGUUUUAUUGUACAAGCCUAGGGGUGUACCUCAGUUCUGCUGCCACCCACAACUUACACUCCAGUGCAACAGCCUCGGUGAUGUACACAGUGGUCACUCCCAUGCUGAACCCCUUCAUCUACAGUCUGAGGAAUAAAGACAUAAAGAGAGCCCUGAACCAAUUCUUAAGGGGGAAGAUAUAA